GUUGAACUACUUAUAAACAUCGUACAAACGAAAACUUUAGAGAAGUGCAUAAAAGUAGACAAGGAAACAGCAAGUUUACUGAAGAAAUCGGAAAAAUUACAGGAAUUCAAGAGACGACAGUUUGAGAAGAACCAAGUCAUGAUCGACCCAGAACUUGCUGAAUCUUGCAAUAUCUGGAUCGUCUGUGAAAAAUCUAAGAUGGACAAAGCCGAAGAAGAAGUGACAAGUUUAGCUGACGAAAAGAAAAUCAUAAGCAGGAAAUUCAAAUUCAUGGAUCCGAUGAGAGUUCGUUUCUUAAAGCAGCACUGUUGGGAUAAGAUUAAAGAGAAAGAACACCGUUGCAAAGCUGAAGGCGUUGUUGUCGUUGAUAGUGGUUAUAGCGACGAUUCGCUUGUGGUAAAGGGAACAAAAGCAGGCAGAAAUGAAAUGAUCAGUUUUCUUAAAAAUCUGGGUAGAAGUGUUGAUUUUAAG